AUGCAGAAAUCUUUAAUCUCUCUUGUCGCUCUUGUCUCCUCUGCUUUGGCAGUUGAGAGAUCCGUCGUCGUUGGUGGCAGUGGACUUACUUUUGUUCCCAAUGCCUUGACUGUUCAAGUGGGUGAUACUGUCAAGUUCCAAUUCCUUGGCACCCACAGCGUCGCACAGAGCUCUUACGAUAGCCCAUGUGUUCCUUCCGAUCAUGCUCCCAUCUUCUCUGGUGUUAUCUCUGGCCCAGAUCCAUCUUCCUCUGAUCCUGCUCCUACCUUCAUCAUGGACACCCAUGUCAACGGUACCUUGUGGCUCUACUGCUCCGUUUCCGAGCACUGCCAAAAGGGCAUGUCGAUGCAAAUCAUCGUAGGCAACAACCCCGACGCCUCCCAAACUCUCGAUGACUACCAAGCCGCCGCCGCCAAGGUCGCCAAAGCCAUCGCUCCAGAUACUGUUGAAGGUGGAACCGUCGGUCCAAAAUCUGGCCCAACUACCGAUACCGAUGGAAGUUCUGCUGCUUCUGCUUCAUCUACCGGUACUGUCACUGCUGUCUCUGGCAAUUCUACUGCAACCACCACCGCUUUGUCUACCACAUUCACAAGCAAAGCUUCCACAGUCACUGCGACCAAAUCCGGAGGAAGCGGUUCCGCUUCUGCUACUGGUACCGCAGCUACCGUUACUGCAACCGGUGCUGCUAGCAAACAAGCUGUUGCGCUUGGUUUUGCAGGUAUCGCUGGUGGUUUAGCUUUGAUGAUUUAA